CACAAAGCUGAAUCCACCCCCCGCCGCCUCGGGGCCCCACUUUCUCCACCUCUUGGAUGUCUUUCCCCAACCCUGUCCUUGUGUCCUCCUCCUGCCCUCCUGGCUCCCCAGCCGGGUAGGAGGGCCUGCUAGUGCGCGGCCCCGUUAUAGAGAAGAGGAGACUGAGGCCCCAGGGUGCCAGUCCUGGAUGAGUUUGUCCACGCACCAGCCUCUCACCCUAGCUAGAGGGUGAGGGAUGUGAUGGUUGUGAGGUUGGCCUCGCAGAGACUGCCACCUGUCCACCUUUCUGGACCCAACCCAUUAGGCUGCCAGCCCCUGCCACGACCUGCAGGGCUCAGUGGGACCUGGAGCCAAGCUUGUGUCUCUGAAUGAACACCCGGAGCUGGGAGCACCAUGCCCCUUCCCCCAGCUCUGGGCACCUCCCGGUGCUGAAACACCUGAACUUCAGGUCCAGAAGUACCCAGUACUCAUAAACUAGGAAAAAGGGCCGUGACGCGAGGGGGGCGUUGACGCUGGGUUUUAGAGGGCGAGUAGGAGCCAGUCUCUUGGAGAGACGGAAGGAAAGAGCAGCAGAGGAGCUUUUUGUAGUUUUCCUGCUAGAAACCGGCAAGUGGAUUUUAGGACAUCGGCAAGGAAGCAGAUGAGGCGGCCUCUCGUCUUUCUGGAAUCCUGCGUCCUGCCCAAUGAAAUCAGCUCAGUGGGACGCGUGUUUGCAAGGUGUCUGGCACACAACCCCAAGACCUCCCUUGAACAACUUCUCCAGCCAAGCUAUGCACAGCAGAGGCCCCGCAGGCCUGCUGUCCCCGGCACUGCCCCUGGCAUCCUCAGUCCUGAUGCUGCUGAUGAGUAGCCUCUGGCUGCUGGGAGCUGGCCCUAGCCUCGCCCUAGCUCCAGAGCUGCUGCUGAACCCCUGGCAAGUUCACAGGCUGCUGACCCACGCCCUGGGUCACACGGCUCUCCCGGGACUGCUCCUGAGCCUGCUGCUCGUGCCCACGCUGGGCUGGCGGCAGGAGCACCACCUGGGCACGCUGCGCUUCCUGCACGCCUCUGCCCUGCUGUCCCUGGCCGCUGGGCUGCUGGCCGUGCUGCUGGCGGGCCUGGGGGUGUCCAGCGCAGCCGGGGGCUGCGGCUACAUGCCUGUCCACCUGGCCAUGCUAGCUGGGCAGGGCACCCGCCCUAGACGGCCGCACGGGGCUCUGCCCCCGUACCUGCUGCCCUGGCUGCUGCUGCUCCUCACGCCGCUGCUCAGCUCGGAGCCACCCUUCCUGCAGCUCCUCUGUGGCCUCGUCGCCGGCCUGGCCUACGCCGCUGGGGCCUUCCAGUGGCUGGAGCUCUCCGAGUGGCGGCUGCAGGCGCUGCAGGAGGGUGUCGUGUGCAAGACGCUGGCGGGCUGCUGGCCCCUCCGACUCCUUCCCACCCCUGGCACCCUGGCAGAGCUGCCGGUCACCCAUCCCACCAGAGUGAGGCCUCAGUCCCCCGAACCACCUUCCCCGAGCUUCCGGCCCCACAGUGGAGUCUCAGCCCCGUUUCCUCCAGGGCUGCGGCCGGUGCAGCCCACCUGGGGGGACCCUUCGGAGGGCCUGGCCUGGGCGGGGAGUCCACUCUGGGCCACCCUGGAUGAGCAGAUGCUUCAGGAAGGGAUCCAGGCCUCCCUGCUGGAAGCGCCACCCCCGGGGCCCGAGAGCCCGUUCUGGCUGCCCAAGUCAUCUGUCUCCUCCCUGCGACUGCAGCAGCUGGAGCACAUGGGCUUCCCCACGGAGCAGGCUGUGGUGGCCCUGGCAGCCACCGGUCGCGUAGAGGGCGCCGUGUCACUGCUGGUCGGGGGGCAGGUGGGCACAGAGGCCCUGGUCACUGAAGCGAAGCGAGGGCCUGCCCGCCCCGAGGGCCCUGGGCCCCCUAGCACAGACAGGUGACCAGAAGCCUGCAGAGUGGAGCCCACGUCCAGAGCGGGUACCCUGGUGGGGAGGGGGGUGCUCCCUGCCUGGCGCAGGGGGGCUCAGGGGCCCCACCGGUGGUAUCGUUUAGAAUAAACAUUCACUUU